GCUGUAAUCAUCAAUAAACCUCCCGCUGAGAAGAUUUUCUUGGGGGGCGAUGGUUCACCCGCCAGGCCUCUUCUGGUGGCCCGGCCGAUUUACGGAGUUUGAUGAUGCGAUGCAAGAAAUUUCUUUGGCGAGUGUCCGUCAGUGAGUGGGGUUUGGUUUGGCAGGGCUGAUUUGGGCUUAGCUUCCGCUGUGGGUUCCUUCCGGUUGUUAUCAAUGAACGAACUCCAAUUUUAAGGACAAGGUCUUUGUUCGAAUGCUCUUUCACUGUAUUAUGGUGAAUGAAGCUUGGUGAUAACUGUCUUCACAAGGGCAGGACACAAGGAGACGGAGAAUGUUGUUCUCAUGCUUGUUUUACUACGGGAUCAGAUUUCGCAGACGGAGAGAAUAUAAGGAGGCAUCAUGAUGCCAAUCCACUUGCUUGAUCGCGUUCGUCACGAUAGGGAAACGAACCUCUCUUGUGCGGAUUCGCAUAUUUCUUACAUACAAGAUGUCGGAUUCUUUGGCGCAAGAGUGUGGAUUGAGUACUCACUCAAGUUUCCCAGAGGGUGUUUCGCAAUGGACGACCGGUGCAGGCCGGAAAAUCCCUCUGCAAACUGGCCUCUGGGAAGUGGUAGCAGAUUUCCUGAACAAGAACGACCUGAUUGCGUUUUCUGAAUCUCGUCACGGUGUCUACGACGCCGGGAAUCACAAGCGCUGUGCUGCUUGUCAGGACCAGAUCUUGACUCCACAGGAGGUAUACGACAAUCACGCGGCGGCCGCCGCUGAUGAAACCGCCCAACACACGGUCUUCGAUCUGCACUCUGUGGAAAGUCCUGCCUGGACAGUUGAGCGCGGCGCGGUAAGUGAAAAUGAGGUAGAUGACUAUGCUAACAAGCUUGCCAAUGCCGUGACCCUAAGUGGAUUGUCAAUCCUGUCACGGGCGGUUCUUCGGGGAAGAAAGGACGUGGUGAAUGUUCUUCUGAAGCAUCGCGCGGACCCUAGUUACGGAGGCGAAAAUGCUCACUUGAAGCCGUUAGACUAUAUCAAAUCCCCCUUCCGUGGACCUGACUCAGCAGGUGACCCAGCGGAGAUCAAGGCCGCCGUGGCGAUGGUGGAAACACUGCUCACUCGCGGGGCGACUUUCACCCAGAAGGGGCCAUGGGAUAUCAUUUUAUGGACUGGUCGUGUAGGCCUCAUCCACCAGGCGGUCCACAACGGAGUCGAUCUCUUCAGUCUGCGCUGGGAGAGCCAGAGUGUAAGUCUGAACCCGCUGAGCACUAUCCUCCACCACCCAGCCCUGCCCGAAGACAAAGUCAGCGACGAGGUCCUCCGGGGCAUUCUUGAGGCUGCGCCCCGGUUGAUGGAUAUCACCGACGGCGAGGGGCGCACCGUCAUUCACCAAGCCGUGCAAGCUCACUGGUGGCGUCUAGCGCAAUCCCUGCUCCGGUUCCCAUCAACGGCAUGGCCCAUUGCCAACGACGGGCAGAACGCGCUGACCAUCGCCAUCGCCAAUGGCCAGACGAGAUUGAUCGCGGGUCUUUUGGACCGUCCCGAGUACGAGAUAGACUUCAUGCACGACGUCGACGCCAUGCGCCUGUGGCGUCAGGUCAACAGCCCCGCUCGGGAUUCCUUUCCGCUCCUGGUGGCUGUCGCAAAGGCCGCCCAGUUCCCAAGGGCCUUGUAUACGCUGGCCACCCACCCCCGCGUGUGUAUCCCCGCAAGCAUGCCGAGUCGCCUCGAUGUCCGACGUCUGGCGCUGAAGCUGGGGAGAGAGGUAGGCCUCAGUUCGCGCCAAGUCGUUUUGAUCAAAGCUAUCCCGGAGCGGUGGGAUUAUGACGAGAGGGCAUCAUUCAAGAGGGUUGCGUAAAUCAUCUACUCCCAUUUAUCUAGCAAAACCAUUUUUAGAUAAUACAGUAC